AUGGCAGAGCUGGCGGACUCGAUUGUGCAGACUGGGAGGCAGACCCUUGAGAACGCGAUCCGCCUGGUGGAGUCGCACCCGGACUGGCGGGCGCGCGUGGUCUAUGGGGACACGGACAGCCUGUUCGUCCUGCUGCCGGGGCGCACCAGGGAGCAGGCCUUCAAGAUUGGGAACGAGAUAGCAGAGGCCGUCACCGCGGCCAACCCGCGGCCCGUCACUCUGAGGCUGGACAAGAUCUACCACCCCUGCGUGCUGCAGACCAAGAAGCGGUACGUGGGCUUCCUGUACGAGUCCCCGGCCCAGGCCGCGCCCGUGUUUGACGCGAAGGGCAUAGAGACCGUCAGGCGUGAUGGCUGCCCCGCGGUCUCCAAGAUGCUGGAGUCUGUGCUGCGGGUGCUCUUUUCUACGGCAGACCUCUCGCUGGUCCGCUCCUACUGCGCGCGCCAGUGGGCCAAGAUCCUCGCCAACAGGGUCUCGCUGCAGGACUUUGUGUUCUGCAAGGAGGUGCGCCUGGGGACGUACUCGGUCAACGCCGCCACCCUGCCGCCCGCGGCGGUCGUGGCGGCGCGCGCCAUGGCAGCCGACCCGCGCGCGGAGCCCAGACACGGGGAGCGCGUGCCGUACGUGGUGGUGUAUGGGGAGCCCAACGCACGGCUGGUGGACCUGGCGGUGGCCCCGCACGCGCUGCUCGCCAGCGAGGGCCGGCUGCGGCUCAACGGGACCUACUACAUCACGCGCCAGGCGG